GACCAUGUUGAGACAUUCUCUACAUCUAUAGAGCAACAGCAGGAAGAUCACAGAGCUAAGAGGUCUCACCACUGCCCACAUUGUGAGGAGAUUUUCCCAAUUCUAUCAAAGUUCAAAAUACACCUAAAAAUACACAAAGGAGGGAAUCUGUAUUUCUGCACUGACUGUGGGAAGAAUUUCACAACAUCAAAGGCUAUGACAGUUCAUCAGAGAGUACACACAGGAGAGAAGCCUUACUUCUGCUCUGACUGUGGAAAGAGUUUCUCUCGACGGGGCGACCUAAAAACACAUGAACGUAUACAUACAGGAGAGAAGCCUUACUCCUGCUCUAAUUGUGUAAAAUGCUUCAACACAUCAGGUGAGCUAAAAAUUCACCAGAGAACACACACAGGAGAGAAGCCAUACUUUUGCUCUGACUGUAGGGCGAGGUUCUCUCAACUGAGCCACCUAAAACAGCAUGAACGUAUACACACAGGAAAGAAGCCGUACUCCUGCUCUGACUGCGUAAAAUGCUUCACAACAUCAUCUGAACUAAAAGUUCAUCAGAGAACACACACAGGAGAGAAGCCUUACUUUUGCUCUGACUGUAGGGCGAGUUUCUCUCAACUGGGAAACUUAAAACAACAUGAACGUGUACACACAGGCGAGAAGCCUUACUCCUGCUCUGAUUGUGGAAAGAGUUUUUCUCGACGGGGCCACUUUAAAACACAUGAGCAUAUACAUACAGGAGAUAAGCCUUACUCCUGCUCUGAUUGUGGAAAGAGUUUCUCUCGACUGGGCGAUCUAAAAAUACAUGAACGUAUACAUACAGGAGAGAAGCCUUACUCCUGCUUUAAUUGUAUAAAAUGCUUCACAACAUCAGGUGAGCUAAAAGUUCAUCAGAGAACACACACAGGAGAGAAGCCAUACUCCUGCUCUGAUUGUAGGGUGAGUUUCUCUCAACUGAGCCACCUAAAACAGCAUGAACGUAUACACACAGGAGAGAAGCCUUACUCCUGCUCUGACUGUAGGAAGAGUUUCUCUCAAUCGAGCCACCUGAAACAGCAUGAACGUAUACACACAGGAGAGAAGUCUUACUCCUGCUCUGACUGUGGAAAAUGCUUCACAACAUCAUCUGAGCUUAAAGUUCAUCAGAGAACACACACAGGAGAGAAGCCUUACUUCUGCUCUGACUGUGGGGCGAGGUUCUCUCAACUUGGAAACUUAAAACAACAUGAACGUAUACACACAGGAGAGAAGCCUUACUCCUGCUCUGACUGUGGGGCGAGUUUCUCUCAACCGUGCAACCUAAAAAAUCAUAAACGUAUACACACAGGAGAGAAGCCUUACUCCUGCUCUGACUGUAGAAAGAGUUUCUCUCAACUGGGCCACUUAAAAAGACACCAAGGUAUACAUAAAGGAGAGUAGCUACGACCAGCGAUUAGUCACUCCACUUAAUUCUUCUCAUAAAAUAAUUUGCAAUGUUGAAUUGGAUCAAAUGAAGAACAAUGCAGAGAACAGGGAGCGUUAUGGAAUGAUCAGUGAGCAUCUUGGCAAUUUUGCUGACAGUUGUGAAUCUGAUGCAGCCGAAGAGCUACUGCCCCUUUACCUGGGAAAGCACCGAACAACAGACCGGGAUGUUGGACCAUCGAAGAGGUGCAAAUAUGAUGAAACCUACAUUGAUUUGGGGUUCACUUAUAUUGGGAAUAGUGCCUUUCCUCAGCCAAAGUGUGUUUAUAGCUCACAACUGAAACCUUCACUCUUGCGCAGACAUUUUGAAAAAAAGCAUGCCAAAUUGAAAAAUAAGCCACAGGAGUUUUUUGAGCAAGAAUUAAGACAACUUUCGAGUAGUAAGACACCUAUUAAAGCAACAGAUGCCAUUAAUAAGAAGGGGCUAGAAGCGUCUUAUACGGUGAGCUUCCGAGUGGCAAGGACAGGCAAGCACCAUACUAUUGUGGAGGACUUCAUUCUUCCUGCUUCUGUGGAUAUGGCUGGAGGAAAGGCCCAAAAAAACUAUACCGCAUCGGUGACAUGGCGAGAUGUUUUGAUACAAUUACUGCUUCGUAUAUACAAGCCAGUGAAUUCUAUGGAUUACAGCUGGAUGAGUCAACAGACAUGGCGGGCCUGGCACAGCUCCUGGUAUAUGUCCGUUACGUUUUUGGGGGGUCAAUUAAGGAAGACAUCCUCUUUUGCAAACUACUGGAAACCAGGACAACAGGAUAUCUUUUUAAAGUACUGGACAGCUUUGUGACAUCAAAUGGACUUUGGUGGUCAAGUGUUGGUAUCUGUACUGAUGGCGCGAAAGCCAUGACAGGGAGACAUAAUGUGAUCUUGCGAAACAUCUGAGUGAAUUGGGUGCGCAAUUACACAGGUACUUUCGCGAAACUGAUGACACAAACAGCUGGAUUCGUUAUCCCUUCUAUGCCCCGCCUCCAGUCCACUUACCGAUAUCUGAUCAAGAGAGCCUCAUCAAAAUGACAAAAAGCGGAUCUGUGGAAAUGGAAUUUAAUCAGAAGCCACUGCCAGAUUUCUGGAUUUGGAUGCGCUCAGAGUAUCCUGCCUUGGAAAAUUGCGCUGUUAAGACUCUGAUGCCCUUUGCGACCACGUACUUAUGUGAGAGUGAAUUCUCGGCCCUGACUAGCAUAAAAACUAAAUACAGGUACAGACUGUGUGUGGAAAAUGAUUUAAGACAGACUCUCCAAUACAACCCAACAUUGCUAUGUGCAUCCUCUCAAGCACAACCUUCUCAUUAACCUGUGGUGAGGUAUUCACCAUUUUCAAUUAACAAGUAAGGUUUUAUAUGUAAAAUGGUUAAAUAAAGAACAUAAUGUAUUAUUAUUUGUGUUCUGGUCCUAUAAGAGCUCUUUGUCACUUCCAACACGCCGGGUUGUGACGACAACUCACACUCAUUUCUUAUGUUUAAUAAAUGUAUCCUAUUGUGUGUGUGUGUGUGUGGCUUACAAUAUUUGAGUGCGCUGACCCUGGUGCUAGAGGGGGUACGCAGCUCGAGGUUGAAUGUUUGAAGGGGUCCGGGACUAUAAACAUUUUGGGAUCCACUGGUCUAGAUAAUCCCAGUUCCUGCUGUGUCAUGCUGAUGGGAAGACUAGGCUAAGGAGAACCAUGCAUCCAUGCCAUGUGUCAGCAUUGCAGGCUGGUGGUGUGGGGUGUGUUUUCAGGGCACACAUUGGGCCACCUUGAUAAAAGUGGAGCAACAUUUGAAUGCCACAAGAUGUCUGAACAUCAUUGCUGUGGGUAUGUUUUUCAACGGCAGGGACUGGGAGACUAGUCAGGAUCGAGGAAAUUAGCAAAGUACAGAGAGAUUCUUGAUGAGAACCUGCUACCGAGUGCUCAGGAACUGUUGAGUAACUGUUGAAGUUAAUGUUUGUACAAUAAUUUGUUCUGGGCAACAUCUUUUCUUGUGUAUAAUUUUAAAUUAAACAAACUGUUUUAAAUGAUAUGGUGUCUAUAUAUAAACCAAAUUUGAUCCCAUUCACAUUCUCACAAACAAAUGGCCCACACUGUGUGUAUAUAUAAUUGUUGACGUCCGAUGGUCAUUCUUAUGGUGGGUUGCAAAAUGCAGGAUCCUUCCAAGUUGAACCCACCAGAUGGGGACCGACAUGACGGUCCUGUGAGGAUCAGGUUACAGUGGAUCCCGGUUCUUCUAAGUAUAGAGGUAUCGAUGGGGGGGUUUAUGACCUCACGCCCAUCUUAAAUUAUAAUGCAACAGCCCAACUCUAUUCUGUUCUCUAAUGUGUGAGACUGGAAUGUCUGUGUGCCUUAGGAAGAGUUUACAGCCCAAAACUACAGAGCAUCAAAUAAAUGGACAUGUAUAUUUGAUCAGCCAAAUGGUGGAAACAAUGAUGGAUGGAAUAUGAAUAUGAAUGUACAUUUUAUGUUAUUAAAAGUUGAGGAUGUUAUUACAAAAACAUUAACUUUAAGAGUUUUCAUAAUGUAUAUGUGAUGUUUACAUACUUUGUGUAGAAAAUAUCCAGAUGAAAGAGAAUGUUUUGGUGAUGAUAAGGCUGAUUUUAGUUGUCCAAACGAGAUCACAGAAAAUCCUAAUACCUUGUAACUAGCUACACCCAGAGAGUGUGUCAUAAAGAUGUAAACGCCCCUUUCUACUCUAGGGUAUAAAACAUGAGUUAAGAAUUUACAUAUCAGACUAAGUUGAACAUGCACUGCAGCCGAGGUCUACGACUAGUCGUGACCCCAAAACGCAACACGAGGUUGAAGACAAAGUAAAUCUCUGAACAAUCAAGUUUAUGGUGGAGUAGCUAUUCUUAGUACUGUAUCAAGGAAGUUGAAUUUAAGCAGAACCAUCUGGCUAUUCUUUUCAAGUCACCGGUUGUCUACAUGGCCCUCUUACCCACGCCGGGAGCAUCGACACGGCUGAUUAGCCUCCUCAGAAGCCCACUCUCACAGAACGAGUGCAAGGAAACUGACAACUAUGAGAAAGGACAUUGUGACAGUUUGGAGAAUCGGAGACUUGCACCUGAAGACGAAUGAACAAGGCGUUGGCCAAACCUUUCCCACUAAGCGGAACUCGACCCACGAAGAGACACCCAACAGUGACCUUCAACACAUAAAUACAUGCAUUACACUUUUAACCCAUAACAGGGGCAGUUAUGCUGUUAGGGCUGAAACUAAGCAUAGUUUACAAAUGUAUCCAAGUGUUGAAUUUCUCUCUUGCUCUUUCUCUCUAUGUAAAUCUUUAUCUUGUGUUGGUCCACUAGGGACCUGUUGCCAUUGUAUGAAGUUCUAACCAAUAACCUAGACUGUUUGUGUAUAUGUAUCUUAUGUUAUCGUUUAGCUUGUUAAUAAAUAAUCAACUCAA